AGCUCCCCAGACUCGGCUGUCAAUGCAAAAGCCAUUGCUGAGGCAGAGAAAAGGCUCCAUGAUCAAGAAACUAACAAGGAGGAAGAAAGCAAAACUACAGUCAACAGAACAGUCAUCAACACCCGAGCUUCUGUAAGGACUUUAUUCCCUUUGAAGUCAAAGCUGUGUGCCGCUUAGGGCUCUAAAAUAACUAAUCCAUAUUCCUUGCCCAGGAGAAAAAAAUCCGAACAGUAUUUACAAGCAUGUUCUGAAGGUGACUUUGUUUUUCACUAGUUAUGUUCUUGGGAGGUCCUUGAUGUUGUAUUGUCUUUGUUUUAAGCCCACUAACAACACCAAAGACUUCUGUGGGAUUUAUCCGAGUUGAAUGCAAGCACGGAGGUGCAGUAACUUGUAGCUUUACCUGUGCUUCGGGAACUUGAGCAAACCCAGUUGAAGACACAGGAGUCCCUUCAUUAAUUUCACUAGGCUUUGAUUCCUGCAGUAGGGUUUGGCUUUCAGUGAUUUGCCUCGUGAAAGAUGGCUUUCUGGCAAUGUUGGAAAAGGAUGCAAAAGAACGUGCUAAACAAAGGAAGAGAAAUGAACACUUAGCAAAUGCUCUGAAAGAGAAAGGAAACGAUGCCUUCAGGAAAGGAGACUAUGUCAGAGCCAUUCAGAGGUACACUGAAGGUCUGGAAAAACUGAGAAAUAAGCAGGAGCUUUACACAAACAGAGCACAGGCCUACCUGAAGGUGCAUGAGUAUGAAAAAGCCAUUGGUGACUGUGAAUGGGCAUUAAAGUGCAAUGAAAAAUGUAUUAAAGCCUAUUUUCUAAUGGGGAAGGCUCAUCUGUCACUUAAACACUACAGUGAGGCCAGGCAGUGUUAUGAGAAGAUCUUACAAAUCGAUCCCCAAAAGGAAAGCCUGUUUAAAGAUUGUAUGAAUGAGGUAAACUUGGAGGAAAAAAGAAUGAGAGAUGAAGAGAGAGCAAUGAAGGAAGUUCAGUCUGGAAAGCUUGCUGCUCUGUCCAUAAAAGAACUGCUGCAGAAACUGCAUAAACCUGACCAGAAUGUCCUCUACUAUGCAGGAGGGAUCAGACUUUUAGCCGGAACUGUGAAAGAUUGUACUGAGCAAACUUUAUUUAGAACAAACAAUGGAUUCAGUAUCCUCGGAGACAACGAGAUUGUAAGAGGGGGCUUCUGUGCAGAGAGCAAAAACGCUGCUGAAGUGGAUUUGUCUGUUUCUCUUCUGCUCCUUUGGCAAGCUGUCUGCGCUGGGAACGAAGAAAAUCAGCGUCUUCUAUUGACUCACCCUGAUGUGAGCGCACAGCUGCCAAAACUGCUUUCCUCAGGGGUAUCGGAGAUCCAAAAGGAGACAUUGGCACUAAUUUAUCUUUACUCAGAGAAUGAGAAUGGGAGAAGACUGCUGGUCAGGCACCUGGAUCUAACCAAAUGGCUGCAGGUUUUGAUGAUGUUUGUCAGCAGCACUGAUGCCAGGGCCAGCAGUGCCAUGAACAUAUUAGCUGAUUUAACUCAAGAGGAAAGGUUCAAAACCCAGUGUCGUGUCAUGCUUUCCACAGACGUUUUACCUUUAUUCACCCAGUUGCUGACCUCUGCCAAGCUGGUGAACCAGGCAGCCCUUGCCCGUUGCAUUGGCAUCAUGGGGAAUCUGUGUGCAGAUGGAGUAAUUCGAAUGCAAAUGGCCGAGUGCAAAGAGUGCUGGCAAGGGUGCUUAAAGCUUGUGGAUGAAUACUUUGAUGUCAGCACAUCCAAUUACCAGGAGUGUUUGUUUGCAGUUCUGGGCCUCAUGAUGAACUUACUGCUUGAAUCAAAUGUGAUUAUCCAGUACUUUGCUGUGGACAUAAGUGGCAGGUGCAUGUCUCUCCUCAGGGAUAAGGAUGGAAGGAUUGUCACAAGAGCCAUUGGAGUGCUAAGUCGCAUCCUGCCAGCAUCCUCCUCAGCAGUAGAAGAAGUAGUGAAAGGAGGGGUGGUGAAGAAAAUGAUCAAAUUCUUGAAAGCUGGAGGACAGACUACCUGCAAUUAUGGUAUAAAGACCCUUUCCAUCUGCACCAGAAGUAAUAGGCAAGCUCAAGAAGAUCUCGUGAAGUCAGAUAAAGGGUUCAGUGUGCUGCUGAAACUCUUGGACUCAGAGAAUGAAAUGAUUGUAGGCAAUGCUGCACUCUGCCUUGGCCAGUGCCUUGUAGUUCCUGGAGCAGCGACAUCCUUACUGAAUUCCAGUGUUGUGAUGAUCUUGUUGAAACAUGCUGGUGGCGAUGCUAGAAGAACUUCAGUACAGGAGAAUGCAGCAAUUGCUCUGGGGAAGCUUUGUGUUGCCGAACCAAGGCAUAUUUUUCAGCUGCGGAAACUCAAUGGUUUGGCCAUCCUGAACUCCUCUAUGAAAUACGUGCAUAGCAUCUGAAGUUCUCAAGAGAGCUUCAAAAUAUGCUGUUAAUAUCACUUGCUGUUGAGUAUUGUAGUUUUCUCUUUAAUAAAGCUAACUCAAAGUGCAUCAA